GGCGGGCGGCGGCGGUGGCUGCUGCAGCGGGACCCGGGAGCGGGGGGCCCGGCGCCGCCCGGGCCGCGGGGCGAUGUGAGCCCCAGGUGCCACCCCGAGGGAUCCAGGUGACUUCUCUGCAGACGGUUGGCCAUGACACCCCAGCAAGGGCAGAGGGACUGAAGUGGGAGCCCUUUCCCAUGUCCCUCCCAUGGGCAGCUCCCCGAUGGCCUGGGUGAGGGCCGCCUGGCUGCUCUGACGCCAUGGGGAGCUGCUGUAGCUGCCUGAAUAGAGACGGCCUCUCAGACAACCAUCCCACCAAGUUCAAGGUGACAAAUGUGGAUGAUGAGGGCAUGGAGCUGGGCUCAGGCGUGAUGGAGCUGACACAGAGCGAGCUGGUGUUGCACCUGCUUCAGCGGGAUGACAUCCACUGGCCCUACCUCUGCCUGAGGCGCUAUGGCUACGACUCCAACCUCUUCUCCUUUGAGAGUGGCCGCCGCUGUCAGACAGGCCAAGGGAUCUUCGCGUUCAAGUGCUCCCGGGCGGAGGAGAUCUUCAACCUGCUGCAGGACCUGAUGCAGUGCAACAGCAUCAACGUCAUGGAGGAGCCUGUCAUCAUCACGCGCAACAGCCACCCGGCGGCCUUUGACUUCCCGCGCACCCCCCAGCAGCCCACUGCUCUAGGCUACUCGGUCUCCAGCUUCUCCAAUGGCUUCCCGGGCUGCGCCGGCGACGGCCCGCGGUUCGCGGCUGCCCGCCACCCCUCGCUGGGGGAAGAGUCCACACACGCCCUCAUCGGCCCCGACGAGCAGGUGGACUCUUCCGCCUCAGGAGGUGCCCUCUGGGCCCAGUUUGUGGGUGGAGAUGUGGGUCCAGAGGAAGAUUUGGGCCGAGCCCAGAUGUGGACAUUCACGCUGGGCAACCCGCAGUGA